AUGGCCUACGAAAAAUCAGUCAAUUUCUUUGAAAUCGCCAGAUCAAUGCUCGAGUAUCCAUGGCUGGAAUAUCCAAACAGGACCAAAGAACUCAAAAAGGCCUCAGUACCUGUUUGGCUCCCUUUGUCCUGCCACAAGAUACCAAAGGAAGAGUUCCCCCCAAGUCCAGAGUGCUGGAGGCAGCACCCAGCCAAGCCAGACUCGGCACCAUACUGCUACUCUGAGAAGCCUGAGCUGUACACACACUGGCACGCCCUGUAUGAUCAUCAACAGGAACGGUUGGCCCAGAAAAUGUUGCAGAAAAUGAGAGAUCUACCUAGGUGUGAUUUACUGCUAUUCUCCACACCAUGUCAUAGAAGGAGGCUCAUCUGUCUUCCUCUGGUCCCAUCUCUAAGCUGGGCUGAGAACCAGGGGCAGAGGAAAAUUUGUGAAGUGGGGAGGAAACAAGGGGACCAAGGCUGCCUGUGUAAUCUCUCACACAGAUACCACUUCAGAGAGGGUAGUCCCAUCCAAAAAGUCUAUCUCCCCAUGGUCAAGUUGACUACAAAAUAUCAGAAGGUACCCAAGACUUUACACCCUACGAAGGACUCCUUUAAGCGGCGAAGAUUAAAGGAACUCACAAAAAGCCUGAAAUCUCCCAGAGAGGAUGAGCAAUACUACGCAGCACAGGCUCUGGGGUGCCUGGGCAUCAGUGAUGAAUCUAUCAUAGAGGCACUACUGCAGGUGGUCGAAACUGCUCCAGAGAGAGUGAAGUAUGAGGCCUAUAGAAGCCUGGCCAUCCUGGGUUGCUUGAAUAAGGAUGUGAUCCAGGCUCUCAUCAAGCAGUUGAAGGGGCCAAAUGAGGAGCAAAGGAUGGAUACUCUGAGGGGACUACGAGUAGCUCUGAACUUCUGGACUGCUAUUCCCAAAGACAAGAGGACUCAAAUCGGGGAUGAAAGGAUGCUGGCAUCUGUGCUGCGGAUGCUGAUGCGGAAGUCAGCGAAUGAAGCAGCCACGGAGGCAGCCCUGUGUUUGGGUUUCCUGAGACCCUGCAGCAACACAGCCCGAGACUUCUUGCUGCAGUGCCUGUGCCACGGGCCCAUGUCCCAGAAGAUGAAGUCACUUAGGAUGCUGGUCAAGAUGAUGCAUGUACACUCAGCCGAGGUCAUCAGGGCCGUCCUAGACCAGCUGUGCUAUUCUUGUGUCCUUGAGCACCGCUUUGAGGCCAUCCAGAUGCUCAAGACCAUCGGGCUGGAACAGAUCCAGGCACAGGAACUGGAGGGACUCACAUUUGAGCUUCUCAGGAGGAAGAUAUUUAAUGAACCCUUCCUCGCUAUGAGGCAGGCUGUGGCAGAAACUGUGGAAGAGCUCAAGAUGAAGCCCAUGAUGAUGAACUUGGUGGAGGAGCAACUAAUGAACCCACAAGCCGCUUCACGCCAGGAAGCAGUCAUCUCUUUGGGCGUCCUGGGGAUCCGCAGCCCACAUGUGUUCCACUUGCUCCUGGAAAUGCUAGAUAAAGAAAACAACCAGUCUGUAAAGAAGAGACUACAAGAAACAUUCACUAUUUUGGCCUCAAUUGAUCCCUGGAUCGAAGACAAGCUGAAAAAUAAGAUUUUCUUUGUAUCUGAGUCACCUCUGACCAAAGAGAAGGAAGAGCCUACAAGGUUCAGAACAGAGAACGAGAUGCUAGAAGAGUUAAAUAUCCGAGACUUUCGACUUGCACGGCUGAGCCCCCUGUUUAUUGCAAAGGCCAGUACCUCAUCAGACCAACAGGAAAAGUUGAGGGCCCAGAAAAGGUCUGCCUGUUACCUCACCUCUGCCUUCCCUCCCCGUUCCUCUAAACCACUAAAACCAAAGUCACAGGCCACAGGGCCUUGGACACUAGAAAUCAGGAAACAGCUUUAGAUCCUUGCCAAAACCUCCAAAUACGUAGGUUAAUUUUGGGGGCCUAGCCCUCACUUCCUUAGGAUGCUUCUCAGGCUCCCAUGAGAAA